AUGUUUGCAAUCUUCAAGAAAUCAGGAAUAUUCAUCACUGUCUGUCGUCAUGGCUUUCUUCUGACCAUAUGUGACAUGCACAGUAUGAAAUACCCGAUUGCAAGCCUCAACAAACUAAUGGAAGUUUUCGGGAAGAAUAUUCUUUACGGCUAUGACAUCAAAUGUGCGCUCGAGAAGAUCUUGCUCCGCAGCUCCUUGGCAAAUCACAUCAAAGAACUCAACCUUCAUGGCGUAGUUCCCGCCUUUCAUGGUCAUGCUCACAAUCACCUUUGCCAGGUCCAACACUAUUCCAAGUACAAGGUUGGCGCCGGUAAAGAAGAUUUCGAGACUUGUGAACGUCACCUGAAACUUCGGAACGCUACUGAAUUUCAUCGCCACCAAACUCUUGAUGAACACUUUCGCUUUGCUGACAUGGACAAAUAUGCUAACCUGUGUACAUCCUAA